AUACUCCUAAAAGUAAUUUUUUUCCAAUAAGUUACUUAAAGAAAAUGUAAGUGAGUAAAUGUAACUAGUUACUACCCAACUCUGAUUAUAUGCAGCAUGCAGAAAAUGAAUGCUGCUAUGCUUGCAAGAUGUCCACAAGGGGGCAGUAUAGAGAUGCCCUGUGUUAAGAGUUGAAUAUGACAGGCCCGGUCCAAAUGCUCACCCUACGCCCUUCUUGAAGUGUGCACUCAGCUGAAGUGCACAUAAGGGUUUGAGUGUGCAAAAACCAGAGAAUUGAGACAGAUAGAUUACGUCAUUGACCUGCGCCUUUGCAUCACAGUUGCGACAUCCAGAAGGGUGGGACAGGUCGCUGUUUUGACAGAAGGACCAAGCAGCCAAUCAAGGUCACCUUGUCUUGAAAUACUUCAUGAAGAACUCUUUGAUUCAUCAUGUGAAGAAGCUGAGAUUCAUCAACUUACAAACAGUCCAGAAGCUGAUGAUGAUUGCUUAAUUCAACCCCACAGUCAAGAUGUAAAAGAAGUUCCUGCUGCCAUUCAAUGUUGUUAGUGAUGUCAUAAACAUUUUUAUGGAACCAACAGUUAUGUCAGUCCAGCUAAAAAUGGAACUGACAAAUGAAAAAGCCUUUGACAGCGAUGGUGUGUCAAGAGAAGUGUACUCAGCUUUCUGGGAACAUUUUUUAGAGCAGUGUGAGGGGGAGGAUGAACGAGUGCCGAGGCUUCGACCAGACUUCACUGAAAAGCACUGGCAAGCGGUUGGAAGAGUUUGGUUAAAAGGAUACUUGGACCACAACAUUAUACCAAUCCAACUGUCUCCUGCAUUUAUUCUUGCCUGCUUUCAGGGAGUCAACUCAGUGGACACAGAACUGCUGAUGAUGUCAUUCAGUAAGUUCCUUUCAGCACCUGAGCGAGUGGCAGUAGACAGAGCUCUUCAAGGCAACAUGGAUGAAGAUGCAGAGGAAGACUUACUUGACCUGUUUUCAAGAAUAGGCUCACACAGUCUGCCUUCUAAAGAAAAUUUACAGGCUUCCCUUUCAACAAUAGCACAUAAAGUUCUUCUUCAGGAGCCCAAGUUUGUAAUAGACAGUUUCCACUCCUGUUUUUACAAUGCUGUGCCAUCACUUGGCACCAAAGAAAGUAUAAUUGAGCUUUACAAAUCAAAGAAGGCAACAAACAAAAAAGUGGCCCAAAUGAUACAACCAUCAAGUGAAACCUUAAACUCACAGGAGCAGACAGCCCUUAGCUAUCUUUUAAGGUAUGUUAGAAGCAUUGACCAAAGAAAACUAGAGACUUUCUUACGCUUCUGCACAGGAUCCACAGUGCUGUGCAAAGACAAAAUAGAAAUCAUGUUCAACAAGUUAUCUGGGUUAAAUCGAAGAGUAGUGGCACAUACAUGUGGAGCUGUGCUUGAGCUGCCAUGCACGUACAAGUCAUACCCGGAGUUUAGAACUGAGCUGGACAACAUGUUGUC